AUGGAUAUCCAAAGAUCAUUUUUGAAUCCAACUAUGUUUGAUUUGGUCAGUGAUGUGAACUUCAUUGAGAUGAUGCCAAACAUGCACAGCACCGAUUGCAUUGGACGCCCACAGGACUUGACAUCCAUUCACGGGCUCGACAUCUCAACGCCUCGAUCUAACGACUUUUGCACGCUGUCAUCUGCCGCCACAUCUCCGGUGAUCACCGUCAGCUCCGGUACCGGGAAACCCAAGCGGAAACGGGUGAUCAGCACGGUCCAGCGGCAGGCCGCCAACGUCCGAGAGCGCAAGCGGAUGUUCAGCCUGAACGAAGCGUUUGACCGGUUGCGCCGGAAGGUUCCCACGUUCGCGUACGAGAAGAGACUGUCGCGGAUAGAGACUCUGCGUCUGGCCAUCGUUUAUAUCGACUUCAUGACGGAGAUCCUACAGGAAAAUUAA